UGAGGUGUCUUUGUCUGGUGCCGACCAUUGCUUGAACAGGCAGCAUAUCAAAAUAACCAGCGAAUUGUUUUGGGAGACCAGGCGAGCGAGCCGCAAUGACACCCCCCGCUCUUUGGAUGGAGGGGCGUGAUGCCCGAUUUGAUACUUGAGAUGCAACGUCCACGCCACAAGGAUCCGCACCUUGUCCUUUUGCCUCACCGAGCGCACCAAGCCAAGCGGCAAAACCCCCUGGCCACGUUUCCUCGGCAGAGCACUCUUACAGGCAGACCGAGACUCGAUAAUUGUGCGAACUCGGCCCGCCAAGGCUACACUCAGCCCUCUCCGCCCCACUCCGGCGAGAUUCGGUCACCCCGGCCAACCAGCUUCAACUGGUCAGGAUCGGGACCUUCCAACAUGGGUCUCAUCCACCGACACGCCAAGAUGCGGAUGCGCGAAGCCGGUGGGCAGAAAAAAAUCGUGAGUUGCGGUUGAAGCCACCAUCCCACGUGUGUGGUAACAGGUUAUGGAUACCCUAGGUGCCGCUUCUCAGCGAUCCGCCAGUCUUGUCGGGUCAAUAAAUACAGAACAGCCGGCCCGCCUCUGCAUCUCCUUCGCUUCCCAGGUUGAUCAACCGUACCCUGAGCAACGAGCACGCGACUGCUGCUGAAGGCUUCAAGGCACAACCGUCAAGAUG